UGUGUCCAUUGUGCACUUCGUGGUGGUAUCAAACUUGGCGAUCAACGAAUCAAACUUGGCGAUCAACGAAUCAAACUUGGCGAUCAACGAAUCAAACUUGGCGGUGAGCGAAUCAGGCUUCAUGUCGGGAAGUUGAACAUCUGGAUGCAGAUGACUAGGAUUUGA